UCACUGCCAGACAAGGUUUUUCUCAAGAAUCAUUACGAUGAUAAGAGAAUUUGGGCUGUGGAGGUAGCCAAAAUUGAAAAUGAUCUCUUUUUCCAAGCUGGCUGGUCACAGUUUCUUGCAGAAAAUUGCUUGGAGUUUGGAGACCUUCUAGUUUUUCAAUACAAUGGGGGUCAGGAGUUUGAUUUCAAAAUACUGGGAAAAACUGCAGACAAGAGGGAGGUAAUUUAUGCCUUUGACUUCAGUUCAGAAGAGCAGCAGGAAGAAGAGUAUCCGCAAGAAAUGGAAAGUGAGAAUAAGAGCAGGAGAGGUGCUGUUGGAUUGAAGACUAAGAGCAAUUCUGACAGUGGUAGACAGGAAGAGUUUGAAGAGGUAUCUUCCAAAAAGAAACAAAAGAGAGAUUUCCAAGGUUCUGCUGCACGAAAGAGAAGUCUCCAACGAAGAGAAAUCUCUGAGAACAAGGCUGGGAGAUCAAUCAAAGCCUGCGGGAAAGGUGUCCAUUUCAUUGAUAACACUGCUGAUGCGGAAUUUAAAUCAAGAGAUGAUCGGCCUAUAACUCCAUGUUUUGUGGCAAAAGUUGAUGAAAAGAGGUCAAAUCUAGUGCAUGUUCCAAAAGAUUUGGUUACGGCCUGUGGUAUUUAUCCUGAACAAACUGUGACCAUCCUUGAUCCUGCUGGGAACAAACGGACCACAAAAGUUAAGCAGUGGCAAGAUGGACGAUUUGUCAUGGCUGGAAGCUGGAAAUUUCUGUUCAUAAGGAAUGGUAUGCGCCAUAAGGACUCCUUCCUUUGUGAGUUUGUUCAAGGUGCAGAUCCAAGUGAAGCUUUGAUUAAAGUUUAUCCUCAUCGGAAAAAAUGACUCUAGCAGUUCAGGUGCUGCUGAGCCUUCUGAAGCUUGAAAUCCUAGAGUUUUGGAAUCAAGAAAGUAGUCGUCAAAAGUUAAAAGUUAGUUUGCAGGUGAUAAUUCAGUUAAAACUAUGUGCAACUUGAACCUUGUUCUAAUCAAUGUUGCUCUAUCUUCGACUUGUAGCUUCUUAGUCUUUUCUGUUAGCUUCUAGUGUUUUAGUGUCUCUCAUCGACUCAAAUUUCUGAUGUAUUUGGGCGUCAAUUAAGUUAUUUUAGCUAGCCCAAAAGUAUAUUUUAUCCCUA